CUGCAGGUCUGCAUUGGUAAAGGACAUGAAGGUUAUCCUGGUGGAUUACCCUACGAUACAAAUGCGCCUUACUACGCUACACCCGAUACCGAGCUGAUAUUUCACGUCAGCACCUAUUUGUCCGGUGAUGUGACACAGAAAUGGAAACAUAUCGGAAAUGAUGAGGUUCAUAUUGUUUGGUCCGAGCAUUCGAAACCAUAUCGAAGAGAGACAAUGGCGACGAAAUUUGGUGAUGUGUUGAUUGUGCUGGAACGAGCGAGUGAGAAGACUUAUCGUGUGAGGGUUGAGACCGUCAGUGCAUUAGAAUUUGGACCGCUUCACAAUGGUGCCCUUGUUGGAGGUGAAGAGCUUGCGGAACUCGUUCGGCUUACUGUGGUAUGUGUCAUGUCCAGUCCUCUUUAA